AUAACAUUGAACCAUUUAUUGACAAUCUGGUCCUUGGAGUAAUAAAAACUGGUUACAUUUAACUUGCUGUUUGAUCAAUCGGCAAUAAUGUUUAAAUUUCUCAUCAACAGUGAAUCAAAGAUUGAUGAUUAAUUACGGAUUUAUUUCAGAUUAAAGGACCCAAUGAGAAUUAACGAAUGCAAUAAUUGUAGCAGACCAAGCUCAAUGGAAUAGUUGCUACCUAGCACGAUACUUUUUCAAGACCUUUGUCUAGUAUCCAUGUUACAUUAGUUUUGUUAACAACAUUUACUAACCCAAAUUAAAUUAUCUUGAAUAAUGUAUUAUUAAUUGAUCAAUUAGUGUUUUUAAAUUAAAUUUAAAUCUGAGAAUGGGAACUUUAAAUCACAGCUUCUGUAAAAUUCACUCAGGAUGGAGACCAUCAAUAAUCUAUAGACAGAAUGAAGGAGCGCCAACAAAGUGAAGGGGAUUCCGGCUUGGAGCCCCACCUCUUCACCUCAGAGACGUACCUGGGCACCAAAAUGGACGAGAAAGCGCUCACGUUUCACACGCAGCUUCAUGACUGGAAUGAGGCUCAGAUCCUGGUCUCUAAGCACACACAUUUGCUGACAGCAGCACAUAAACAGGAUGUUUUCCUGCCUGUAAAAAAGCUAGCUCAGGUGGAGUACUGGACACGUCAGGUGAACCGCUUCUACGGACCUCCGAAGAACUCUCGUCCCAAGUCGGGAAGUUUUAUGAAAAUCGAUGUCACAAAGUACAAUAUGAAGGUCGACAAAGAUGAGGCUACUCGAAGCAGGUCCGCUAUCUAUCCCCAGAGGACACGCGCGACCAGCGCUGUCAGUCGUGCUACAACAACAAAAAUGCGAAGUCGAUUCUUUGGCAAUGAUUAUCACACGGUUAAAAACAAUCUGGCAGAAUCCCAGAUAUUUUACUCGUCUCAACGCCGGAAUCUACACUCAGGCACAACAGCAAAGUCUAAGAAAAGUAGCAAAACUGAUGAGCUAAAGACGGCAGAAACUGCUGCAAGUGAGGUUGUGACAAACUCAAAGUUUGACAACGGUACUGAAACAGUUACAAUCAUAGAUGAUGAUUCUAAGGCUAGUGAUAUUGAAUCUUUGGAGACGGAAGUCAUGCAACCCUUUAUUGUCGCUAGGUCGUAUUCCAAUCGAGAGCUCAACGUGAUCUCAAUUGACGACUGUAAAAUAACUUGCAGAUAUCGACCCCAGCUAAUAAAGGAAAAUCGUAAGAUGUUAGAUGAGGUGGAAGAAUCAGAUGACGAGGAAACACUUGCAAAAGUUUUAGGGAAGGUGCCACAUGCUAAACAAAAAGUUGUAAAAGAUUCAUCACACAAAGACUCUGAAGGAAGGAACGGCUUCGAUGCAGACGAUGAAAUAAGCUCAGAAUCAGUGCACACAAUUGAUAAUGCGCUCAAUGACAUAGUUAUACAAGAUGGUGUAGUGGACACAAAUAACAACACUCGUUCUUGCUCCAGAAUUCAAAACUGUGCUCCUUCUAAAGAUAGCAAAAAUGAAAACAACUCAAGAGACAAAAGUAUACGAAACAGUAAAGGUAGCUCCCCAAAAGCUUCAAGUGCAGAGGACAGUUCUGCAGGAAAUAGUCAUGAAAGUGAAACUCGCAGCGAUAAAUCAGCGUUCCAAAAUGGGCACAGUGAACAAGAACACUCAAUGAGACCAAGAGUAAAUUUCAGCUCAAGGGGAUCCAGCAAGGCAAGCUAUGGACGUGUGACGGCUCUCAGUGCUAGACAACCGGGAACUGAAUCCAGAAAUGAGGUGACAAAACAAGUAUCAAGAUCAGCCAGAAUCAAUCAUGCCAUAAACAAUGUCGUUCAGGACCGUAGGCUAAUGAAUGCAGAAAAGGACUUUGAUACGAGGACGGCGGUUUAUGGCCGGACUGUGGUUGACGUAAGUGAGGGAAGCGAAAGAUUUAAGAAACUUCAUGCCUCGCUGAGAAAGAAGAUUGACAAUUAUGUUGAAACGCACAGUGCUGUUAAUACUAAAGACUAUUAUGAAAGAUGUCGCAGAAACAGUGCCAUAAACUCAGUGAAAUCGUGAACAGCUUGGUGCCAAAUUAAUGACCAGUGCAAAUAAUUAUGUGCCUAAAUUGACCAUUGAAAUGUAAGCGAUUUGGUGCAAAAUUCACCAUAUGUACAAGUGAUUUGGUAAUAAAUCAACUCAUGGGGCUAAUUUGCUGGUCAAUUACGGAUUUCAUUUGUUUAUUAUAGGACAAUAAAAGAACAUGUUAAUAAGUACAUGUUUCAAUUUCAAAUACAUAAUACACAUGCCAUAAUUGCCGCUUUUUUACAACCUAUUAUGCAUUGUAACACAUACUGUAAACAAAUUAUUAAAGCUUUUUAAUGUUUAAUGAAAAUUCCAGUUCAAAAUUCUUGGAAGAAUCAUAGCCAAACUCAAAGCACACAGAUCAAUUUUAAGUUCAGAAAACAGGAUGCAAAAGAGAAACAGAAUUAUACAGAUACAUGUAUUUAAGGAUUACAAUAUUAAUCUCAUUUCAAUUGCCUUUCUUACAUUAAGUUUAAAGAAUUUUCAAUCAAUUUACUUUGCUGUAUUAUUAUUUACUACUUUAAUUUCUGUUUUGUAUUACCCUUAUUAAAACUCAAUAAAAUGCUUAUUCACUUCUCAGUGCCACCUCAUUAAAGACUAAUUAACUGAAAUCAUACAAGAUAAAUUCACAUUGAUCAGCUAUCAUUAUGUGGUAUGGGAAGGCCAUAAACUGCUGUAUAAUCUUCUUUAAAACUACAUCACAUCGUAUUGAAAUCCUGUUAAAUUACAGGUUUAAGCUUUUAAUUCAAGAACGUAAAAACAUAAUGACAAUAACCAAUGUAGGAUUUCAUACCAGAUAUAAGCAAAGUAUUGAUUAUAAUUUUCAGCUAUUUUCUCACUUUUUGAUGAACCAAAACAGUCUUAAUGUUUCACUGAUAUGAAUUGCACUUCUUCAUUUAAUUGGGAAAUAUGGGUUAUAUUUUUGUUAAUAUAUCAUGCACAUAUUAUUGCAUGGCAAUGAUGAGACUAUUUAAAGCAAAAAAAAGUCUUAAUUUCCUUGGGUUUUUUUUCUUCAUUGUUUUAACAUUUCUAAAGCAAUCAUAUCCAAAUUUUAUAUUUCUAUGAGUGCAUUUUACAUGUCAUAACAGUAACUCUGAAUUCAUUGAUAAUUAAACAGUGUGAAUAGUGUUAAUUGGAACUCUAUAUAAUCAGUAUACACUGUUGUUUGUUUGUUUGAAUUUUAUCAGAUUGUGUAAAAUAUUUAUUUAUUUAUUGUUAAGAUUUUGUUUUACUUUUC